UCCUCAUACCUGAAGCAGAUAUAUGCUAAAUUUGCAUCACAAAACCCUAAUUUCAGAUCUCAAUUGAGAUGUAAUUAGCUUCUGCAGAGGCUCCUCAUGGUUCACAAAUCUUCUGCGUUUUGAUAUACAGAGUGUAAGUUUGUAUUGUAUAUUACUUGGAAGCAGUAAACAUUAUGGCCGGGCCUGGUGAUCCAAAGAAAUCUGAAUGGAUAGAUAGAAUAAAAUCUGAAGGAUCCAUUCCACUUCUUGAUCCAAAUAACUGUUCAAAUGGUUGGGCUUUACCUCCUGGAGCUGCAUUCAAGGUUAGAGGUCCUGAGUAUUUUAAGACAAAGGUUAAGAUUCCUGCCGGUGAUUAUCUGCUCAAGCCUAUUGGACUUGAUUGGAUUAAAAGUUCGGUGAAAACGGGCGAGAUAUUGAAGCAUUCAAAUAGUAGAGUUAGGAAGGUCAUUGAUAAUGAGUUUCCAGCUGGUGAUAAACCUUUUGUGUGGGCCUUCAAUAUGCAACUCCCAACCAAGGAUAAUUACAGUGUGGUGGCAUAUUUUACCAACAUAGAGCCUAUUACUGGGGACUCUUUGAUCGAAAAGUUCUUGAAAGGAGAUGAUGAUUUCAGAAACUCAAGGCUUAAGAUGAUUGCCAACAUUGUCAAUGGUCCUUGGAUUGUGAAAAAAGCGGUUGGGGAGCAAGCAAUAUGCCUGAUUGGUCGAGCCCUUUCCUGUAAAUUUUGUGUGGCAGAUAAUUACAUAGAAGUAGAUAUUGAUAUUGGGUCUUCCAUGGUAGCAACUGCUAUAGUUCAUUUGGCAUUUGGUUAUGUGACAACUUUGACUAUUGAUCUGGCUUUCCUUAUUGAGAGCCAAGUUGAAUCAGAGCUUCCAGAAAAACUCUUGGGUGCAUUCAGGUUGUCUAACCUCAAUCCUGCUUCAGCUAGACAAGUUGAGCCAUCAUCUGUUUCGAGCACUGGUAGUUUACAAAGAUCUUUAUCUAAAAGAUUGUGGAAGUCAAUAGGGCAGAUUCUUCUUCCAGGUUCACAAGAAAAUGACUCUACCUCGGCCGCACAAAAUACUAAAACUGUAGAUCAAAAAAACUACUGACUUCAAAAAAUGUUGUAUUUGACGCCUAAAACAAGGUAGAAAGUGGAACUCUGCAACCUGGAUCUAGCAUCUUCUAUCUGGUACAUGUAUAACCUAAAGCCAUUUGAUCUCAUAUUAAAGAGGCCAGUUGAUAUAAAUUGUUGUCAAUCCUACAAUUUUUUACCAGUUGAAAGGUGGGGAUAUGCCGAGAGGAAAGGCAGUAACAGAAAACUGCGCAAUGAGCAAAUCCUAUUUUCUAAUCAUUGGAUCUGCUUAUCAGUCAAUUACAUAUUACAUUCUCCGCUCAUAUAUUCCUCACUUUGAGCAUCUUAUAUUCCAAGAAACACUUAAAUCACAUUCAUGUAUUUGUGCCUAAAUU